AUUUUUUUAUUCGAUCUGGAGUAAAGAUCGUUUCAAAGUUUUUUCCAAAUUACUUUCUUUCCCUUUUUCUCUUUCUUUUUCUUGUCCAUCUCUUUUUAUUUCGUGCAACGUGAAAAAAAUAUCCGACGAAGACUCUGCUAUUUUCUACAUUGACGAUUUACCAAUUGAAUAAGGAAAAUGAGAGGCUUGAGGAGAGAGAAACUUAUACGAGAUGCCUGCAAGGACCUUAUUCUCUCCAACGAUCAACUCCAAUUAGUUAUGGAAAGGCUCUUGGAAGAGAUUACUAAAGGGCUCUCAAAAUCUGGCCACGACGAUGCCAUUGUGAAAUGCUUUACCACAUACGUACAGGAUCUUCCAAAUGGCACAGAAAAAGGUCACUUCUUGGCAUUGGAUUUGGGUGGUACCAAUUUUCGUGUUCUAUUGAUCACACUGGACGGUAUGAGCUUCGACAUGAAGAGUAAAAUCUACGCAAUACCACAAAGUCUUAUGUUGGGUACUGGUACUCAACUAUUCGAUCAUAUCGCACAGUGUCUAGCCUUGUUCGUGAAAGAUUUAAAUCUACAAGAUGAAGUACUACCACUCGGUUUUACCUUUAGUUUUCCAUUGUCUCAGCACGGUCUAACAAAAGGCUAUCUUGUAAGAUGGACAAAGGGCUUUAAUUGUAGCGGAGUUAUAGGCGAGGACGUUGUCGCUUUAUUGGAGGAAGCCAUUCGAAAAAGAGACGACGUCAAGAUCGAUGUUUGUGCCAUCUUGAACGACACUACUGGUACCUUAAUGUCCUGUGCUUGGAAAAAUAGAAAUUGUCGUAUUGGCUUGAUCGUUGGAACAGGAACCAAUGCUUGUUACGUAGAGAAAACGAAUAACGUAGAAUGUGCGAUCCCUGGAAAUUAUUCCAAGGAAAAGCUACAUAUGCUGAUCAACACAGAAUGGGGCGCUUUCGGCGAACGUGGAGCCCUCGAUUUUAUUAUCACAGAAUUUGAUCGUUCGAUCGACGAUAACUCUAUCAAUCCUGGAAAACAAUUGUUUGAGAAAAUGAUAUCGGGCAUGUAUAUGGGAGAAAUUACGAGGCUCGUUCUUGAGAAGCUUGUCAACGAGGGUCUAAUCUUUGGUGGCAAAUGUUCAAGUGAUCUUAAAAAGCGAGGAAAAUUCUUCACAAAAUACGUAUCCGAAAUAGAAAAUGAUCCCAAAGGCAAAUAUACGAAUUGUCGUGAUAUCUUAAUGGAAUUGGGUCAGCGUAACGUUUCGGAUCAGGACUGUGAGAACGUUAGGUACGUUUGCUCGAUCAUUUCGAGGAGAGCAGCUCAUCUUGCAAGUGCUGGCAUCGCUACACUUUUAAAUAAAAUGGGCGAAGAAAGAGUCACCGUUGGUAUCGAUGGUUCGGUCUACAGAUUUCAUCCGCACUUUCAUGAUCUCAUGACGGCAAAGAUCAGUGAAUUGACGAGUCGUCAAUUCGACCUAAUGCUAUCAGAGGAUGGAAGUGGUCGUGGUGCCGCGCUGGUUGCCGCGGUAGCUUCAUUAAGACAUUGAAGACAUUGAAGUUGGCUGUGCCACAUCAACUACUUAGCAUACAUCAAAUUAUACGAAGUAAUGAUAACGAUUUGACACGAGCCGAUACUCGAAACACACUUAACAUACAGAAAAAGAAAAACAUAUAAUUAAUAUACACGGACUUACAUAAGUGGGGAGACACCACAUACGAAUACACACGAAGAGAGAAAGAAUGAGAAAGAGAAAUAGAGAGAGAGAGAGAGAGAGAGAGAGAGAGAGAGAGAGAGAGAGAGAGAGAGAGAGAGAGAGAGAGUGAGAGAGAGAGAGAGUAAGAUAGAGACGAAAAAAAUGUCUUGUACAUAGAGCACAAAACUAACCCUAGCUCGUCAGCCAUAACUGGCCAGGGCUAGUCCGUGAGAUAUAAUUAGUUUAUAAAGAAAAGAAAAAACAACAAACAAAAACGAACCUCUACUUAUGACCUCGAUUUUACGUACACACAUACACAAGCACACACAUACAUACAAAUACACCAUUGUACGGAUCUUUUAUCAUUAACUUAUUGUUAAGAGGCGCGCGUAUCGACAAAGCAAACAUAGACACACACAUACACACAUACAUACAUACAUACAUAUAUGUAUACAUAUACAUAUAUAUAUAUGCAAACACAUAUAUAUACAUAUAUAUGUAUAUAUAUAUGCAUAGACACACACACACACACACACACACAUAUGUGUAUAUAUAUACAUAGGGACCUUCGAGUUAGUUUAACGAAAGAAACGGCGAAAGACCUUCUGGUAGAAGAGAACAAGAGAUCUAAACACUUAAAAUAUAUUCAUCGGCACCCUUGGAUAUCUGAACAAAAAAAAAAAAAAAAACAACACAAGAAA